GGGAAGCCGUAUUCCCUGUUCUACCUUUCGCCCAAACAAAAUUGAAAAGAUGAACUUGAAACGGCGUCGUACUGAAAGGAAAAGGCGGCUCUGGUUAAAGUAUGAGCAAAAGAUAAAUCCCGAUCUCCAGCCAAAAAGACAAAAAAGAAAAAAAAAAAAACAAAGCUUUGAAGCUUGUUGUAUCGGAUAGGAGACGGAGAAGAAGAGUAAAUAACAGCAGAGACAAGUUUAAAGGCGAAUGUCAUCUUCUUCCGUAAUUACCCCAGAAGAUGUAUUGGAAUCUCUCAUGAAUGAUGGCACUAUCGAUGCUCUCAGAUUGAAGAUCAUCAAUCAGCUGAAAACCAAUGAAGAGCUGAAGAACACAACAAUUAAGAUGGUGGAACAAAGUAAAGUUCUUAAUACCCCCGGGGCAGAGAAACAGACAAAGAGGGAGUUGUUUGAUGCGCUUCGCCAGGAACUUGAAACUCCUGUGCUAGAGAAGGCGUCUAAAUCAGUUUGGGAGUUGAUACUGGACAACAACGGGCUGGGGAAGGAAAUAAAUGAAACAGUUGAAAGAGUAUUUUGUCGACUGAGUGGCCGAGAAGCUCCCUUAUUUCCUAUCUCAAAUGAUGAAAACCAGCGCGAUAAAGAAACCCAUAAUGAGAAAGGGAAAGAAAAUGAAAAUAAAAAUAAGGAAAAUUCAAAUUCUGCAUCAAAGAAGAGGAGUUUCAAUGCAAUGAAUUUGGGAGAAGGGGCUGAUGAAGUUGGAAACUUUUCUGGUGAUCCUUCAGCAUUAUCUGAAGACUCUAGGAGAUCGCGUUAGUGAAGCUUAAACAUGAGUCACUUCCGACGCAUUAUGACUGGAACAAGUCUGGUGAAUGUUUGGGUGAAUUUUUGGCAUUCAAGUUAUGAUUUAUAAAACAAAACCGCAAUGUUGACAUAUGGAAUAGAGAAGUAGUUAAUAUGGUGAAAUAUCAGUUUAUUAACAUGUAUUUGUAUAUACUGAGCUCAUUGAUUAACAUCUGGUUUCAAAUCCUUCUCUCAAA